AUGUUCAAGUCCAAAAUAGCUCAAACUAUAAGGCAGACUCGAGCAUUCUCGGUCAAGCCGCUGGGUUCACUGUCUCGAGCAGGACUUGUUGGUGCAACUGUUGUUUCGACGCUUCUUUUGGCAGGUGGCUCGUACUUUUAUGGUCAGAAGGUACUUAGAGAUCGUCCUCCUCAAGAUCUCUUUCCCCUUUCGUCCACAACGAAACUCUCCCAGAUUGCUCCACCAAAAUACUGUACGGAUGCUGAGUUAUCUAAGGCCAUUGAGGAAAUCAAGAAAGCCAUUGGACAUGAAAAAGUAACCAACUCCACAGUGGAAUUGGAUGGGCAUACUGAUAACGGUCUCACUCCACAUUCUCCAAGACCUCAUGAGAAGCCCAAAUGGGUGGUCUACGGAACUUCCACGCAAGAGGUGUCAGAGAUUAUGAAGAUUAUAUUCAAGUACAAUGUGCCUGUAGUUCCGUACUCUGGAGGAACGUCAUUGGAGGGCCACUUCUUUUCAACCAGACCUGGCAUAAUAUUGGAUACUAGUCGAAUGAACAAAGUGCUCCAAAUUAAUCACGAUGAUUUGGAUGUGGUGGUGGAGGCUGGAGUUAACUGGGUAGCACUCAACGAGCAGCUUGAGAAUCUGAAAUUGAUGUUUGGCUGUGACUGCGGACCCAACGGCCUUAUUGGAGGAAUGGUUAACACCAACGCUUCAGGAAUCAAUGCUUCCAGAUACGGAGCCAUGAUCCUGAACGUGGUGUCGUUGACGGUAGUUUUGGCAGACGGUACAAUCAUCAAGACUCGUCAAAGACCCAGAAAAACUAGUGCUGGCUACAAUCUCACCGGAUUAUUUGUUGGCAGUGAAGGAACCUUGGGAAUUGUCACCGAAGCAACGGUGAAGCUCCAUGUCAAACCGAUUUACGAGACAGUGGUGGUGGGCCAAUUUCCUACCAUCUUAGACACCACCAACACGGUAGCGGAGUUGUUCCGAUUGGGAAUUAAGCCUGAGGCUAUCGAGUUGCUAGACAAGGACAUGAUGCAUUGUAUCAACUACAGUGGAUACUUCACCAAGGAAUGGCUCGAGGUUCCUACGAUAUUCUUCAAGGUGGGAGGAUUGAAUAAAACCACUGUGGACGAGGUGUUGAAGACCGUCAAGGCUGUUGCAUUGAAGCACAACUGCGCAGAUUUCAUUACUGCUAAGGAUAAGGAGGAGGAAGAGGAGUUGUUCAGUGCACGUAAGAAUGCCUUUUAUGCCAUUCUCAACUACGGUCGUAAUGAGAUCCAUGAGGAUGUUCGUCUUUGGGUAACAGAUAUUGCUGUUCCUCUUUCAAAGCUUUCGAGUGUUUUAGAGCAAGUGCGUGUUCUUAUUGAGAAUUCGGGACUUCAGUCUGUGAUUUUGGGACAUGUGGGCGAUGGAAACUUCCAUGCUGAUAUUUUCUACACGAAAGAGCAAAAGGAAAAGUGUGAGGAGUUAGUUACUGAGAUGACAAAGAUCGGUUUGGCCAAUGAAGGAACAUCGACUGGUGAGCAUGGAAUUGGUAAUGGUAAGCGAAAGUUUUUGGAGCUUGAGUUGGGGCCCGAUGCGGUGGAUACUAUGAGAAAGGUGAAGAUGGCUAUGGAUCCAAAAAGACUCUUGAACCCUGAUAAGGUGUUCAAAAUAGAUCCGAAUGAUGACGGAGAGUACUGA